AGAGAGAGAGAGAGAGAGAGAGAGAAGAAGGCUCUUCAAAAAACCAAAUCAAAAGAGAGAAAAGAGAGGGUUUGCUGAAAAUCAAAAUUGGAAUUUUGGAGAGAAAGAAGACAACAACGCACUCAAGUCUUGAUUUUUGGAGAAAUGCUGGGGUUUUUUGUCGAGAUCUGUGUUGGUUUGGACUUGAGAUGAAACAAGUGGAGCUGGGCUUGGUCAUCUUCUUGGAUCCCAAAGCAGCAGCAGCAGCAGUAGCAGCAAAAGCUCUUGUUGGUUGUUCUUGUUGUCGCUUCCAUGGCCACCGCCAAGCGCGCGUACAAGCUCCAGGAGUUUGUAGCGCAUUCGUCUAAUGUAAAUUGCCUGAAGAUUGGGAGGAGAACGUCUAGGGUUCUUGUCACUGGUGGAGAGGAUCAUAAGGUUAACCUUUGGGCGAUUGGCAAGCCCAAUGCCAUAUUGAGUUUAUCAGGUCAUACAAGUGCUAUUGAGUCAGUUAGUUUUGAUUCUUCAGAAGUACUGGUCGCUGCUGGAGCUGCCAGUGGCACAAUAAAGCUGUGGGAUUUGGAGGAGGCAAAGAUUGUUCGCACUUUGACGGGCCAUAGGUCCAAUUGUGUAUCUGUUGAUUUUCAUCCAUUUGGAGAGUUCUUUGCUUCUGGUUCUUUGGAUACCAACUUGAAGAUAUGGGAUAUCCGAAGAAAAGGAUGUAUUCAUACAUACAAAGGUCAUACCCGAGGAGUUAAUGCCAUUAGGUUUACACCCGAUGGGCGAUGGGUUGUUUCUGGUGGAGAAGACAAUGUUGUGAAGCUCUGGGAUCUUACUGCUGGGAAACUGCUUCAUGAGUUCAAGUGUCACGAGGGUCAGAUUCAGUGCAUUGAUUUUCAUCCUCAUGAAUUUCUUUUGGCAACAGGUUCUGCUGAUAAGACAGUCAAGUUCUGGGACCUUGAAACUUUUGAGUUGAUCGGAUCUGCUGGACCAGAGACUUCGGGUGUACGGUCCAUAACUUUCAACCCAGAUGGUAGAACUUUGCUUUGUGGAUUGCAUGAAAGCCUGAAGGUUUUCUCAUGGGAACCAGUAAGAUGUUAUGACACUGUGGAUGUUGGAUGGUCAAGGUUGUCUGAUUUGAAUAUUCAUGAGGGGAAACUUCUUGGGUGCUCCUAUAACCAAAGUUGUGUUGGUGUGUGGGUUGUGGAUAUCUCGCGUGUAGAACCAUAUGCAAUUACUACUUCUAUGAAAUCAAAUGGUCAUUCAGAAUCAAAAUCUACCACUGGCAAUUCAUCACUGCAAACUGAGAACAGCAUGAAGACCAGCAUGGGGAGAUUAUCAAUUUCACAAAAUUCGGAACCUGUGGCUAAGGAGACAAAAUCGACACUGUCUAGUGGAAGCGUAGCUGGUACUCCCCAAAGAAUUGGGUUGAGCAUGGCUUCAAGAGCUACGGGAACAAAUUCAGCAACAUCCACCACAACCUUGAAAAGGAGUUCUGCGAAGAGCCAGGGAACGACUAAUGUCCAGGUCUUUAACAAGUCUGAUGUGGUACCUGUAAUUGUUCCGAGAAAUAGCUUUAGGCCUGAAGCAGCCCCUGAUUCUAGGAAAGAAGCCACUGGAGGAAGAAUGCCAGCAUACAAUGGUCAGUCGAAGCCAACAGAUUUUCGGAAGUUACCUAAUACUAAUAUUCGAGAGGAUCCUGAUAGAGAAAGUGUUUCUACUCAUUCUGUGUCUUUUUGUGAUAAAAAUAUUGAGUCCAAUGAAGUUAGAGGCCAAGAUCCUAUUUCUUCUGCAAAUGCAGCAAGUCAACCACUUGGUUUUGAAAGAAACAUGGCUGAUCUUAGGUUCAGUGUUGUUCCUAAAACCGAUGGGGAUAUAAUGAUGGAGCCAAGGCCCAGCUACCGCCAUGAGAACUUUGAUAUUAGAGUGCAUAAGCCAAGGGAUACAAACUCUAUGGAAGCUUCAAAAGCAGGAAGGACACGCUCACUUGUAGCAAGUUGGGAGAGGAGGGAUCAGUCUCCUAGUCACGAAGGUCCUACACCUAGCACUUCCAGUGACAAGUUAGCUCCUUCCAAUAGCAUUUCAUACACCUCGAGAGGUCGGACAUUAUCCUCUAGAAAAGAAAUGGUAUCUGCAAGUGAUGAGGAUGCUAUUGCUGAUUUAAUAGAGCCACAUGAACAAUUCCUGAAUGCAGCUCAGUCUCGCUUGACAAAAUUACAGGUGGUUCACCGGCUCUGGCAAAGAAAUGACAUUAGAGGAGUAAUCAAUGCAUUGGAGAAUAUGUCCGAUCAUGCGGUUUCUGCUGAUGUACUGAGUGUGUUAAUGGACAAACUUGAUAUCAUAAAUCUGGAUAUCUUUACUUUCCUCAUUCCAAUACUGACAAGCCUCAUGGAGGGUAAGGUGGACAGACAUGUUGGUAUUUCCUUGGAAAUGCUGUUGAAGUUGGUGAAAAUCUUCGGCCCUGUGAUUCAUUCAACUUUGUCAGCAGGGCCAAUGGUUGGUGUAGACAUUCAAGCCGAGCAAAGGCUGGAGAAAUGUAAUCUAUGCUUCAUCGAGCUUGAAAAGGUCAAACGCCGACUCCCUUCUCUCACAAGGCGAGGCGGUUCUAUCUCAAAGUCCGCCCAAGAACUGAACCUGACUCUUCAAGAAGUGAUAUGAAAUGUGAAGCAUAAACACUACGUAGACUUGUACAACUAAUGGCAACUCGAUUCUUUCGCACCGGCCAUCAUCGGCCACACUCGAUUGAACUCACCACUUAUUUAUUUACGUCUCGUAUAUGCUAAUCUUACUGAAGAUCGAAACACUAACAUUGUUUUUAGCUAGCUUUUCUUUGCUGCAUGAGACAGCAUGUAUUUAUCUGAACAUUUGUAACUGAUAUGAUGAUCUUACACAGAGAGUUGAUUCAUAAAGCCUUUUCGCAAACUUUGACAAAUGACA